AUGUCGCUACAUCUUACUCCUGGAAAACAAGGUGCUCGUUUACGGGUGGGUGUCUCCCUUCUCAAGCCGUCCUUGCAUAAACGAAGUCGGGAUUAUGAAAAGAGUAAAGUCUGCGAGGAGCUCACCAGUCUGGGGAGAGAAGACUUCACAUCCUUAUCAAUGGUCUUCUACAGCAGAAAAUUUCCCAGUGGAACCUUUGAGCAGAUCAGUCAUCUAGUGAAGGAAGUUGUCUCCUUGACAGAAGCCUGCUGUGCUGAGGGGGCAGACCCUGACUGCUAUGACAACAGGACGUCAGCAUUGUCCGCUAGGUCCUGUGAAAGUGACUCUCCAUUCCCAGCGCACCCAGGAACUGCCGAGUGCUGUGCCAAAGAGGGCCUGGAACAGAAACUCUGCAUGGCUGCCCUGAAGCACCAGCCACAAGAAUUCCCCAACUACGUGGAGCCAAGUAACGAUGAAAUCUGUGAGGCGUUCAGGAAAGAUCCCAAGGAAUUUGCUAACCAGUUUAUGUAUGAAUAUUCCAUUAAUUAUGGACAAGCCCCUCUGCCACUUUUAGUCGGUUACACCAAGAGUUACCUCUCCAUGGUGGGGUCCUGCUGCACCUCACCAAGCCCCACCCUGUGCUUUUUGAAAGAGAGGCUCCAGAUUAAACAUUUAUCCCUUCUCACCACCAUGUCAAAUAGAAUGUGCUCACGAUACGCUGCUUAUGGGAAGGAGAAAUUAAGGCUCAGCCAUCUCAUAAAAUUAGCCCAAAAAGCACCUACUGCUGACCUGGGGGAUGUUCUGCCACUAGCUGAAGAUGUUACCAUGACCCUCUCCAAAUGCUGUGAGUCCACCUCUGAGGACUGCAUGGCGAAGGAGCUGCCUGAACACACAGUAAAACUCUGUGACAACUUAUCCACAAAGAAUGAUAAGUUUAAGGACUGUUGUCAAGAAAAAACACCCAUGGACAUUUUUAUGUGUGCUUACUUCACGCCAGCUGCUCAGCCACCAGAGCUGCCGGACGUCGAGUUGCCCACAAGUAAAGAUGUGUGUGGCAAAGGAAACACCAAAGCCAUGGAUAGGUAUACAUUUGAACUAUCUAGGAGGACUCACGUUCCAGAAGUAUUUCUCACCAAAAUACUUGAGCCAACCCUGAAAAGCCUUGGAGAAUGCUGUGACUCUAAAGAUCCUACUGCCUGUUUUAAUGCUAAGGUUCCUCAACUGAAGAAGGAGAUAUCUUCUUUCAUUGACAAGGGGCAAGAACUAUGUGCAGAUUAUUCAGAAAAUACAUUUACUGAGUACAAGAAAAAGCUGGCAGAGCGACUGAGAGCAAAGCUGCCUGAUGCCCCCGCCGAGGAGCUGCAAGAGCUGGUGGACAAGCGCUCCAGCUUUGCCUCCAAGUGCUGCUCCAUCAACUCCCCUCCCCUCCACUGUGACUCUCAGAUUGAUGCUGAAAUGAAAGCUACCCUGCAGGACUGA